UCAGCUGUUUUCUCUUUUUUGUCACAAAUAAUAACAAAGCAAACUUUCAGGGAAUUUGUUUAUAAUUCCCCCUUGAUAAGAAAUUCAAAGAAAAUCUAUAAUGGAUGGCCAUUUGCGCCUCCACAAGGUCGCUCCAAACAUCCAGGAGAAGGUCAAGGCGGGCGGCAACAUGGAGCAGCUCUCGGGCGUGAUGAUAAUCAUCAUCAUAAGUGGCGGCGUCCUGCUCUCCCUGAUGCUCUUCAUCUUCGCCAAGCGGCAGAUCAUGCGCUUCCAGCUACGAGGACGUCGUGGCCCCCACGUUCCCGUGGGCAACGAUGCCAAGAAGGGUUUGCGACGGGAGAUUGAGCGGCGGUUGGACUGCAUCCCGAAGAUCACACAGGAACCAAAGCUGUUAUGGAAUGACGACGACAAGUACAUCGUUCAACCGGAGCCGGAGACACCACUACCACCGUACUACUACCGAAUGAAGGCAGUGGACGAUGUGAAACUGCUGGAAUCGGAGAUAGCCCGCUCGGAUGGAAGUUCACGUCAUGCGCCGGAGAGCCUAAGGGCCUUCCUCUUGACCACAUUGUCCGUGACGCUGAACGGAGCUGGGCAGCGGAUGAUUCACCAGUUCUGCGACAUGUACGAGCACGCACGCCACGAUCCCAAUGAGUUCGGCAAGGAUGAGUACGAGGCGUAUCACCAUUUGCUGUUGAAGCUGCUGGAGGCAUCCAAGCAGCUGAAGAACUACAAUUCGCGAAAGGCUUCUCCAGCUCGAACUCCCCGCAAGCAGACCAAAAUGCACUCCCUGCUAGAUCCCGCCCGUCUGCGUCCACCCACAACCAUGGAGAAUGUACAACCGAGCAGUGAAUUAACCACGGGACAACAUGCAAAGGUUAACUUGACGCUGGGUCUGCAGGGUGGCAGUGGAGGUGGUGGCGAUGGCGAUGCCGAGCUGGCCACAAAUCCCCUCCAUCUUCAGGCUCCAUCGGACAGAGAUUUGAUUAUACGGAACAGGAUUAAAACGCCCACGCUGGACGACAUCAUUGUAGAGGCGGAUCAUCAUCAGAGCAGCGAUUCCGGAGGAAUGGAGGACAACGAGAUUAAGAGCAUAUCGUCCAUGCAAUUCCAAAGGAACUCCAAUAAUGUGUAGGUCCGUUUCCAAGGAACCGAGGAUGCAGUCAUAUAUUUAUUCUAACUAAUACGAAAUUUCCUUAGACUGUUAAUUUACUAAAUAAAAAAUAUUCAUUUAAGAAAAA